AUACAAGGGUGACUGCCCUCUUUCUCUCUCUCCGUGACCAUGAGCUAAAAUUUCUCCAUAGUUAAAGUCGCUUUUUUUUUUGCGAUCCCUGUUUUUUGUUGUCACUUCUCUCUUCAAUUAAAUCUCUCUCAUUCAUUUUCCGUGGCAAAGGCGUCGCCUUUGUUUCCUCAUGUCGAUUUUGACCAAGUUUUUUUGGAUAAAAAACCAGACCUUCAAGCUCUAUCACUGAUUCUAGAGCGAGAAACUUAGAUGUGGCUUCAAGAUUUCAUUUUUUCUUAAUUAGGCUAUUCAAAUUGAUCAUCUGUUCAUAUUGUUUGUUUUUUUUGAGCAAUCAAGUGUGUAUGUAGCCUGUUUUCCUUUUCAAUUUUAUGUUUUCAUUGUAAAUUGUGGGAAAGAGCAUAGUUUUUUCAUAGAUCUGCUCUUUUUCUCUUUGGUGUGUGCCCUUUAUAGCUUUUUUUAUCAUUAUUGCUGGUAUAAUAUAAGGGCAUAUCUAUAUUUUGUAUCUAUUGUUUGUUAAAAAAAAACUAGAGGGCCCUUGUUUAGGAUUAAGGGUAGUUGAAAGUUCAUUGUUUUUAUAUGUUAGGAUGCUUUUUGGAUAGGCCAUCUUUUUGUUGAAUUUCAAUCUGUAGUUUUUAGAAAAUUCAAGUGGUGGGAUUUCUACACAUUGUUGGAAAAGUGGAUUCUAGUGAGUCUAAGGGAAUUGGGAGAUCUUCCAAGGGGUUAUUGCCGGAUUUCGUGACGGAUCCAAUCACGGCAAAUAGGGGGAGUGACUGUGUUGCUGGUCUGGAGUGCUUCCUCAAUGUAAUCCGGGCCCUGAGAAUGGGCUCCUGCUUGCCUGAUGAUAGCGGGAGCCCGAGGGCCGGUUCGCCAAUGGGCCUUAGGAAGAGGAGGAACUCAAAACGGAGGUAUGGGUCUCGGAGUUCCUCCUUCGACUAUAGGAGGGAAGAGCAGCUGCAUAGGAUCCCGGGGCGGAUGUUCUUGAAUGAUUCCAGCGACGUUGCUUGUCUUUAUAGUCAGCAGGGAAAGAAAGGGACUAAUCAAGAUGCCAUGCUUGUUUGGGAGAACUUUGGUUCAAGAACAGACACGGUCUUCUGUGGGGUUUUUGAUGGCCAUGGUCCUUACGGUCAUUUGGUUGCAAAGCAAGUUCGAGACUCUCUUCCUCUGAAACUGAGUGCACACUGGGAAGUGAAUAUAAAGACUGACGACGUUCUAAGGGAGGUCAGUUUAAAUACAAGUAGUAUGUGUUCGGAAGAUGCUUCCUUCUUGUCUCAUGAAGAGGAAAGUCGAGCCUCCAUUGAUAUCGAAGAAACUGGAAAGCAGCCGGAUAUCUUCCCGACAUUGAAGGAAUCUUUCCUCAAGGCCUAUAAGGUUAUGGAUAGGGAGCUGAGAAUGCAUGCAAAUAUCGAUUGCUACUGCAGUGGAACGACAGCAGUGACUCUGGUUAAACAGGGUCAAGACCUUGUUGUUGGAAAUAUCGGGGACUCUAGAGCCAUAUUAGCUACUAGAGAUGCAAAUAACUCGCUAGCGGCAGUCCAGUUGACCGUGGAUCUCAAACCUAAUCUUCCGGCGGAAGCAGCUAGGAUUCAUAAAUGUAGGGGGCGUGUAUUCGCUCUUCUGGAUGAACCUGAAGUCCCGAGAGUGUGGCUACCAAACAACGAUUCUCCUGGCCUUGCUAUGGCACGCGCAUUUGGUGAUUUCUGUCUCAAGGACUAUGGUCUUAUUUCUGUUCCCGAAGUUUCAUAUAGGCGCAUUACUGACAAGGACGAGUUCAUCGUUCUCGCCACAGACGGGAUUUGGGACGUACUCUCGAACAAGGAAGUUGUUGAAACCGUGAAUUCCUGCUCCCCACGUUCAUCUGCUGCUCGAACGCUAGUGGAGAAAGCAGUCAAGUCUUGGAAAUCCAAGUAUCCGACCUCUAAAGUAGACGACUGUGCUGUCGUAUGCUUUUUCCUCGACUCAAACGAGUACACUUCUUCAACCGCGAAAUCCAAAGAGAACAUCGUCCCCACAGCUGAAGAGGAGGAUGCUCCUAGUCCAACCGGGCUGAUCCCAGUGGAUGAAAACGGAGAAGCAGCCUCAGAAGCUAAUGAGGACGAGGCGGACGAGGAGUAUGCAGCUAGACAUAACUGGUCUGCUCUAGAAGGAGUGUCGCGUGUGAACACACUCAUAACGCUGCCAAGGUUCGUGCCAGGGAAAGGCGACAUCAAAGCUGCGGAGGAGAGAAAGGGUAGGAAAUAAACAAUGCUGGGCUCUGAUAUUUCAUUCAAAAAACUGUUUUUGAUUCUUUUUCGCGGGAAAAUGGGGGUUGUUUUAGGUGGGUGGAUGGCCCGGCUAAUAUUAGAGCGGUCGGGCAUCGUCCGGUAUCCACCCUUCCUACAUAUUUGUUUCAAUUAUUUUUGCAGUGUUGUUUUGGUCCCUCAAGGAUAUCACCAUAUGCUCAUAAUAAGUUGGCAGUUUCCUUCCUUUGUCUGUCAGGCCGACGAACUCUGUUUCGCCAUUUUUCUCGUAUAAAUUUAGACCAUCUGAUCCGAGUUAAAUGCGGAGUAUUGGAAA